AUGUUACCACUAAAAACUAUCCAGAGAAGUGCGAUUCCUGCACAUACGCCUCGAAUAAUGAACGCAUCUCUAUUACGUAGAUUCGGAACUACUCCAUACUCCUGCUCCUCAUUGUGGUCCUCUUUCACAUCCAUGUAUGGAUUUGUAGGGAAUGCAAGAAGGUAUGUUUCUACUGAAAUUCAAGAAAAGGACCAACAAGCUGGUGAAUCAAGCACUGCCACGGAUACGGGGAUCAUUCAUAAAACUGAACAAGAAACACUAGUAUAUUUCGAUAAUGUCUAUCCACGAGCAACAUCGAUAUGGAACCCUACCCUUUGGUAUAAUUUACUACUGACGAAUCAAUCUCGUGAGGCUGUUAGAGCUAAAAUACAAAAUUAUGCGAGUCCCGUGAGUAAUCCAAUCCAUGGGUUGAGGUUACGUUCAACCAUUCCCGUGAAGAGAGACGGGGGUGUCUUUGCUACGUUUUUAAUCCCAGAAAGAUAUACGAAAGCUGAAGUCAAUGCUAAGAUUCAACAAAACACGGCUAAUGAAUCAUCGCAUUCUUUACUGUCUUAUUUCACAAAAGCUACAGCAUUCCCGGUGAAGGGGACUCCCUGGAUUGAAGACUUGAGGAGAUUGCCCAAUACUACCAUAACAGUCAAAUUUCAAGGUCCUGCGUUAACUGAAGAAGAAAUGUACUCGUUGUUUAGAAGAUACGGUACGAUUAUUGACAUCUUCCCAGCAACAGCAUCCGUUCCUUAUGCUCAAGUUAAAUAUAAAUCUUACAGAGGUGCGAUAUGUGCAAAAAAUUGUGUUUCUGGUAUUGAAAUUAGAAAUACUGUCAUUCACAUUCAAUAUGAUAAAGUGAUAAAAGCACAUUUUUUCGGUAAGUUUUUCGUCAAUCAUACAAGAAUUGCCGUUCCUGUCUUGAUUGCAUUGUUAUCAUUCUUAGCUGUCUUAGUUUUUGACCCAAUUAGAGAAUUUUUUAUUGAACAAAAGAUUACUCACAAAUACUCAUUAAAUAUGGGAAAUCCAGUCCUGAAAAGAUUGAGAAAUUUUACCAAUACGACAGUGUCAUCUUUCAAACAUUACUUAGGAAAAAAUGAAAGUGAAAAUCAAGCAGAAGAACAUCUUUGGGAAGAACGUAUUGAGAAAGUUAAUGAUUUGAAAAUGUGGCUUGAAGAAAAUAUCAAUACCUUUGUCAUUGUGAGAGGCCCAAGAGGUACAGGGAAACACGAUUUGGUAAUGCAGCAUACUUUAAAUAAUAGAGAAAACGUUUUAUAUUUAGACUGUGAUAAGAUUAUCAAAUCAAGAACAGAUGCUAAAUUCUUAAGAAAUGUGGCAUCACAGUUGGGUUAUUUCCCCAUUUUCCCCUGGAUUGACUCUGUAACCAGCGUUAUAGAUUUAAUGGUACAAGGGUUAACUGGUCAAAAGACAGGCUUAUCAGAAACUAAAGAGACACAAUUUAGAAAUAUGUUAACCACAACAAUGAUGUCCUUAAGACGUAUCGCGUUGAGAGGCUAUAAACCUGUACUUAGAAAUGGUGAUGAAACCAUAAAUGUUAAAGAGGAGGAUUAUUUACAGCAACACCCGGAAGAAAAACCUGUCAUUGUAUUAGAUAGUUUCGAAGGUAAAUCAGAAAUUAAUGGAUUUGUCUAUAAAGAAUUAGCAGAUUGGGCGGCAAUGCUUGUUCAAACAAAUGUCGCUCAUGUUAUAUUUUUAACUGAAACAAUCGCAUCUAAUCAGCAACUUGCCGAUUCAUAUCCAAACCAAGUAUUCAAAACUUUGAUAUUAAACGAUGCAUCUAAAGAAAAUUCAAGAAAUUAUGUUCUGUAUAGAUUACAAGAAAAGAAAGAAGACAACGGAAAUGAUGAAGAGGAAAUCAUACCAGAAAAAAUGGAAAAAUUAACAUUAUCUCCAACUGAGUUACAUGAAAUUGAUGAAGCCUUAGAGCCAUUAGGAGGAAGAAUGUUAGAUCUUCAAGCUUUUGUCAGACGUGUUAAAUCAGGUGAACAGCCAAGGGAAGCCCUAGAAAAAAUGGUAGAACAGGCGUCAGAACAAAUCACACAGAUGUUUUUAAGUGAUAAGAUUGAUAGUUUAAAAAGUGCUCAAGCUUGGGAAUUGAUUACUUUAUUGAGUGAACGCCCCAUUUUACCCUUCCAUGAUAUUAUUUUCCGUCCAUUAUUUAAAGCUGCUCCAGAACUUGGAAUUUUAGAGCUGGAAAAUAAUGGAUUGAUUACAGUUUCAAGAGAUCGUGGGGUUUUGCAAGAAAUAUAUCCAGCCAAACCGCUUUAUAGGGCUGCUUUCUCCUAUCUUAAAAAUGAUUCCAGAUUGGCCAAAGUUUUAAAAACACGUUAUUUACUAAAAGUCAUCAGUUUCGAAACGGGAAGAAUUAGAAAAUGGGAAGAAGAAUUACGUCCAUUAGGAAAAAUUAGCGAUCAAAAACUAUUCAAGAGUAGGUUAGAUUAUCUCUCCGGUAAAAUAGGUGCAAGUAGUGCUGUCAUCUCAAACUGCGAAGCAGAAAUAAAAGAAUUAUCCAAAGAUUGA